AUGGUCCAGCUUCAGCUCAUUGUUUCGUGGCUUUGCUUGGCAUCACUUCCAUUUGCAGCAGCGCUUCCUGCAACCGAUUCAGCCGUGUGCAAAAACCCUAUUAAGCGGCUGGAAUGGAGACAAUUGUCAGACCCACAGAAACGCAGCUACAUCAAUGCCGUCCUCUGCUUAACGACUAAGAAGGCCAAGUCGGGAAUUCCAGGAACUAUCAAUCGAUUCGAUGAUCAUCACGCUGUACAUGUCAGUCAGAGUGACAGCAUUCAUUUUGUAGGACACUUCUUGCUAUGGCAUCGUUACUUUGUCGACACAUACGAGAAAGCUCUUCGCGAGUGUGGUUAUACGGGCGGUCAGCCGUACUGGGACUACACGAUAGAUGCAGAGCCUCAGAACCCCAGCUCUACCCGCAUUUACGAAUCUGAAAUCUUCCAACCGGAUACCGGCUUUGGCGGCAAUGGUAUCAAAGUCGAGCCUACCCCUGAGCAGAACUUUCUGAACCUUACUGGAGGAACGAGCGGAGGAUGCGUUCAGACUGGCCCUUUUACCCCCGAUAAGUUCAUGGUUAACUAUCCUGGCCCACCAUCCUGCCUGCGUCGCGACUUCAUGCCCCCUCUCCUCAACACUUGGGCAGAUCCAAAACUGGAAAAGGCGCAACUUGAAGCACCAGAUUUUGUAACCUUCGACCGCACGAUGCAAGGCUCGAAAACUGUCUUUGCCCCAAAUAUUCAUGGCAGUGGUCAUUUUGGUGUUGGCGGCGUAUUAGGACAGGCUGGCGACCCUGCCAACUCCCCUGGAUAG